CCCCCUAUUUAAAUACAGAGAGCAGGUGAAGCCAGACACUCUCUUGUUCUCUGUCUCUGUCUCUCCAGGGAGCUUCCCUUCCUCAUUACCUUUCCGGAACCUCAGGGUCAACAGCUAGCUAAGCAGACAUGUGCGAUGAGGAGGAGACCACAGCCUUGGUGUGUGAUAACGGCUCCGGCCUGGUGAAGGCGGGCUUCGCUGGGGAUGAUGCCCCCAGAGCCGUGUUCCCUUCUAUCGUUGGCCGUCCCCGUCACCAGGGUGUGAUGGUGGGUAUGGGUCAGAAGGACAGCUACGUAGGAGACGAGGCCCAGAGCAAGAGAGGUAUCCUGACUCUGAAGUACCCCAUUGAGCACGGCAUCAUCACUAACUGGGACGACAUGGAGAAGAUCUGGCACCACACCUUCUAUAACGAGCUCCGUGUGGCCCCUGAGGAGCACCCCACCCUGCUCACAGAGGCCCCCCUCAACCCCAAGGCUAACAGGGAGAAGAUGACCCAGAUCAUGUUUGAGACCUUCAACGUUCCAGCCAUGUACGUGGCCAUCCAGGCAGUACUGUCCCUCUACGCCUCUGGUCGUACCACUGGUAUUGUGCUGGAUGCUGGUGAUGGUGUGACCCACAACGUGCCAGUGUACGAGGGCUAUGCCCUGCCCCACGCCAUCAUGAGACUGGACUUGGCCGGCAGAGACCUGACUGACUACCUCAUGAAGAUUCUCACAGAGAGAGGCUACUCUUUCGUCACCACUGCCGAACGUGAGAUCGUGCGUGACAUCAAGGAGAAGCUGUGCUACGUGGCUCUGGACUUUGAGAAUGAGAUGGCCACCGCCGCUUCCUCAUCCUCCCUGGAGAAGAGCUACGAGCUUCCCGACGGUCAAGUCAUCACCAUUGGUAACGAGAGGUUCCGUUGCCCAGAGACCCUCUUCCAGCCUUCCUUCAUCGGAAUGGAGUCUGCUGGCAUCCAUGAAACCACCUACAACGGCAUCAUGAAAUGUGACAUUGACAUCCGUAAGGAUCUGUACGCCAACAACGUCCUGUCAGGUGGUACCACCAUGUACCCUGGUAUCGGUGAUCGCAUGCAGAAGGAGAUCACAGCCCUUGCCCCAUCCACCAUGAAGAUCAAGAUGAUCGCCCCCCCUGAGCGUAAGUACUCAGUCUGGAUCGGAGGCUCCAUCCUUGCCUCUUUGUCCACCUUCCAGGCCAUGUGGAUCAGCAAAGAUGAGUACGAGGAGGCCGGACCCUCAAUCGUCCACCGAAAGUGCUUCUAAAGUCCCCCACCCCUCCCUUUGUUCUUUACCCGAUCUCUUUCUCUUCUUUCUACUUAACCUCUGUCUUCCUCUAAACCCCCCAACCCCAUCCAAUGCCAUGUUCCCCCCAGGCUUACCUAUUUCUUGUUCCUCCAAACCACUGAGGCCCAUGUAAAAUCCUAAUGUCCCCAAACACUUCAAAGACUUUCUAGUUUGGAUAUGUUGCUAAAUAAAUGACAUCUGCCUUUUGA